UUGGAACGUGUGUGCAAAGUCUGGUAUUUUGGAGAGCACGUAUAUAGUGUAAAUUCUUACGGCGCAAAUACUACAUAACGCAAUUCUUAUAGUAAUAUCUUUUACGUCUAUCAUUGUGAACAUUUCAUUGUGCAUUAUACUUAAUUUCUCUCUUUUUUCCCUUGUAAUAUCCAAUAUUAAUUCUUAUUCCCAAUAUUUUGCCUCUGUUGCGUGCCUGUCCUUAAGUCUUAAUUUGUUUUAGGGAUUUUCGCACAAACUGGACCAAUACAAACAGGGUACAUGUGUAUGCACCUUAAGUGUCGAUACGUGUGCGGAUCAUAUCACAUUUGUUUUGGGUAGCGUGGAAUAAACAUACUUUGUUUUGAUUUCAGUCUACCUCAAAGUCUUCAUGUUGUACACAGAAUUUUUCUGCGAUUUCUAAAUUUUCGAAAUGGCACCAAACAAUAUGAAGGUCAAGAGAAAAUACGUGGAGUUGAGUGUGGCGCAGAAAUUACAACUAAUCGAGAAGUUGGAACAAGGCACCUCAGUGACGGAAGUUUGUAACAUGUAUGGCAUACACUCAACGACUGUCUCACGUAUCAGGAAAUCAAAGCCCAAAUUACAAAAGUUUUUUUUAACACACAAUAUUGAUAGCUCUAAAUUACAUGCUUCUACAAUAGGGAAUAAAAUACGCAUAAAUUUUGGGCCAAAUAAAAAUUUAGAUAAAGCUCUGUAUAAGUGGUAUAGUCAACAAAGAUCCAGUGGUAUUAAUGUACAACAGCACCAGUUGAGAUCGGAGUUUAGUGCUCUUGUAACACGUAUGGGACUCAGUAUCAAACAUACUAAUCACUGGCUGCUCAAUUUUAAAAUAAGAUAUGGCAUUAAGGGUUCUUUGCGCGAUGCACCCUGUAGUGAACCUUCAGAGUCAGAAAAGAAAAACAGUACCGAAGACAAAGUUAUUCCAGAAGAACUUAUAAAAGUUGAGAAUUUGCCUUCUUCGUCAUCUUCGCCUCCAACUACUUCUACUCAUCGCAACAUUUCUAAAUUAAAUGCUUCAACAAUAAGGAAUAAAAAACGCUUGCAACAUUCGAAAAACGCAAAUUUAGAUAAAGCUCUGUAUAAGUGGUAUAAUCAACAAAGAUCCAGUGGUAUUAAUGUACAACAGCUCCAGUUGAGAUCGGAGUUUAAUGCUCUUCUAACACGUAUGGGACUCAGUAUCAAGGAUACUAAUAACUGGCUGCACCGUUUUAAAAAGAGACAUGGCAUUAUGAAUUCUUUGCUUGAUGCACCCUGUAAUGAACCUUCAGAGUCAGAAAAGAAAAACGGUACCGAAGACAAAGUUAUUCCAGAAGAACCUAUAAAAGUGGAGAAUUUGCCUUCUUCGUCAUCUUCACCUCAAACUACCCCUACACCUGCCAAAAAUUUCGGAGAAUCUGUAAAAGUUGAGAAUUCCUCUUUGGAAUCAUGUUCGUCUCCGACUGAUGUUUAUCAGAAUUACGUUUGUAUUUCAGUAAAGUGGAGUGUGCGCAAUAGAGAAUUUCGUGAUCCUAGUAUGCUGUGCGCGCCGUAA